AUGGCUGCUGAAGAGCGUACAUUACUCCUCCAGCGAGACCAUGCACCAGCCGAAUUGAAAGUCAGGCAUUCGUCAUGGACUCCUAGCACUCGCCUCCUCAUAGCCGGUGUACUCAUCUCUCUAUCUUUCACCUUCACUCAAGUUCCUAUUCUUUAUGCCUUCCGCCUGAUGGUUUGCCAGAAUUACUAUGCCCACAACAAGAAUAGCCCAGCCCCGGUUGGGGAUGAUCAAUGCCAACUCGAUGAAGUCAAUGCGGGCACCGCAAAACAAAUAUCUCUGUUGGGAAUCACCACGACCAUCAGCGGGAUUUUUAACCUCUUCGUCGCUAGGUGGCAGAUGAGGAAGUCUGGCCCCCGGGUAGCCUUGGCUCUCCAGACAGCCUUCCCAGCUCUGCGGGUAGCGAUACAAGCCGUGGCUAUUUUUCUGGGCGGGCAGGCUGGUAUCAUCCUUAUCCAGUCAACGCAGUGUAUCGGGAUUCUCGGGGGACCUGCAGGAUAUUUGUUUGUAUUGAACACAGCCAUCGGAGAGGUUGUCGAGCCGUGGGAAAGGACAGGUUUCUUCGGGAAACUUCAAGGCGCCGUGAUGCUUGGCACCGCUGCCGGUUUCUUGUUUGGGGGUAUUGUCGGAGACACAUACGGCAUUAUCACACCUUUCGAAACAGCUUUCGGUUUAUUCGUCGUGUCCACCGUGUAUGUGAUCUUGGCUUCGCCGUACAUAUCGCCCAAAGUAUUAGCAGAUAACGAGUCGCAAAAGGGGGCCCAGAAAAGGUCAGCUCUCCUUACGCUUCUUCACACCCUUGCUCCCAAGAAGUACGUGCGACAGGACGGGAAAUUCGUGACCAACUCUGGAGUGCUCUUUCUCGGUCUCGGUAUCUUCCUGGGUGUUCUAGGGACAGGGUAUGCACCCAUCCUCAUCCAGAUGUACGCCACAGCCGAGUUUGGCUUCCGUUCCACUGAGAAUGGUUAUGUAAUGAGCUUGAACUCAUUAAUCAGGGGUAUUUUUCUCAUAUUUCUGUUCCCCCGCAUUAUCACCGCUGGCCGAAGGUGGUACUCUGUUCAACCGUUCCCUAAUGCUCCCUCCACUCACAGUGGAGAAGUCUCAUUUCCCACCCAUCCAGAGGACUUUGACCCUAUCCAGGGUAUCAUGCCGGAGCAAGAACCUGCCGAGCCAUUGGUUGCGGUUGACCAAAAAGCGGGAUGCUUAUUCGACCUGACGUUCCUGAGAUGGAGUCUUGUAGCUGACGGGUUCGUUACGGCUUAUACUGCAUUUGCCACCAAGGGCUGGCACAUCUACGUCGCUGCAUUCCUUCUGCCGCUUGCAUCCGGAUCCGCGCCCGCUGCCAAGGGAGUCAUCGUGGAGAUGUGCCCCGCGUCUCAGCGGGCGGAUGCUUUACAGGCUCUGACGUUAAUUGAGAAUAUUGCGAUGCUCUCGACGCUGGGUCUGUUCGGCUUCGUGUUCGCGGCAUUUGCCGAGUUUGGCAAGGCAUAUCUGACCUUUUUCUGCAACGCGGGCGUAGUGAUCGUCGCCGUUGCCGUAUUGGCCUUCUCUCGCUUUCCUCCUGCUGAUAGCAAGUUGGUUAAGGCGGAGGAAUCCGAAGCAGAGUGA